AAUGGUUAGUUAAGAUGUGAAGUUUGGACAUUUAUUGAAUAUUUUAAUGUGGAAAGUUUUUGUUUUUCAAGUGCACUGAAAUAACUUUCAUUGUAUGUAUUAUUUAUAGACUUGGAUGAAUUAUACAGAUAAUGCAGUAUGGAGGAUUACAACGACACAUUGUUCCUCCUGAACGAGACAGAGGGUUACCUGCCGUACUCGCAGAGGGUGGAGACGUACGUCGUGCCCAUACUGUUCGCGUUCAUCUUUAUCAUUGGAGUGCUGGGAAAUGGCGCGCUAGUUGCAGUCUUCAUCAGACACAAGGCGAUGAGAAAUGUGCCUAACACGUACAUUCUAUCGUUGGCACUCGCAGAUCUUCUUGUGAUUGUGACCUGUGUGCCGUUCACUUCGAUCGUGUAUACGGUGGAGUCAUGGCCCUGGGGUGCCACCGUCUGCCGUCUCUCAGAGGCGGCUAAAGAUGUGAGCAUCGGUGUCUCCGUGUUCACCCUCACAGCACUCUCAGCUGACAGAUACUUUGCCAUCGUCGACCCAUUUAGGAAACUACAUGCUUCAGGUGGAAGUAAGCGAGCAACUCGUUUAACCGUGGCCGCAGCUAUCGGUAUAUGGGUUCUGGCGGCUGCUCUUGCGGUGCCAGCCUACAUUGGUUCCUAUGUCAGAGAAUUUGUCGUCAGUCCCACCAAGAAGUUUCUCGUAUGCUAUCCGUACCCAGUGGAAUGGGGCGAAGAGUACGCACGUCUGGUCGUGUUACUGAAGUUCCUGAUUUACUACUCGAUGCCACUUGCGGUGAUUGCGCUGUUCUACGUUCUUAUGGCAAGACAUCUAGUGCUCAGUACUCAGAACAUGCCGGGAGAGAUGCAAGGAACGCAGAGACAGAUGCGAGCCAGAAGAAAAGUGGCGUUAACAGUUCUUGCGUUCGUGUUGGUUUUCGCAGCGUGCUUCUUGCCUACCCAUGUCUUUAUGAUGUGGUUCUAUUAUUGCCCAACAGCGGAAGAAGACUUUAACGCAUGGUGGUCUGCUCUACGGAUUGUCGGGUUCUGCCUAUCUUUCCUCAACAGCUGUGUCAAUCCUGUUGCGCUGUACUGCACAAGCGGAAUAUUUAGGAAGCAUUUUAAUAGGUAA